UCCGCUUCCAUAAACAAGACGACUGCCAGAGUUAGCCGCCAGUCCUGUGCGCCUCUGGGCUGAGUCUCCCUCUGAGGGAGACAGACACACUGACAGAGAAAGUGAGCAAGGGACGACAGAGUGGGAAAGUGAGAGAACAGGAAAGAGGGGAGGCAGAAGGACAGGAAAACCCAUCAGAGGAAAAGAGAGACGGACAAGAAUUGACAGAAGAGGAGGAGAAGGGAGAAGAAGAGAGAGUAAAAGACAGACUGAACUUAGUCUCUCUUCUUCUCCUCGAAGUCAUGGCCGAGAACAACACAAAUCUCUUUCUGGAAAUACUUCAGUCUUUUGAUGCUGUCCCUCUGAUCAUAGCUUUCUGUGUGUCCAUGGCGGUGGGCCUCGUCUUGGGGGCCUUGGUAUACGUGCUCUUGACCUGGAUGUCCAGACGCAGAGCAGGCUCUGCCAGCAUCACCCGCCGCCCUCCCCGCCACUUGCGCGCGUCUUCCCGCAACCGCCCAGGUUUCAACCGCAACAGCAGCUAUGACCGGCGCAGCAACAACAGUUUGGUCAGCGCUGCUUUCAGCUUCCACCGCCAGACUUCCUCCCCAGAUCACCUCGACCCGCUGGGGCACAAAUCCAGCUUCAGGGCCUCAACCUUCCACCCUCUACUUCAGUGUAGCCAAAUCGCGAGGGAAGCAGAGGAGGGGAGCCAGACCACGUUGCCUCGUACGCCAACUCUGACCACGUCAGCUGGAUCAGCCCAAACAGCAGCCCAGUCAGCUGCCACCCCACCCAGACCUGAGUCAUUUUGGGGGAACAAUGGCCUGAGAGGUUUCCAUGCUACACAGACCCCACCUCCAGCUUAUGAAAGCAUUAUUAGGGCUUAUCAGGAAACGUGCACCUGAGAGGAGUGGGAGCACCAGGCUGACGACAGC